ACACAGGAACUUACAUCUGCAUGUGUGUCCAUCAUUAUCAGGGUGUGCUUGUUGGGUUUUUAAAAGUUCUUUCUGACACUUUCAGCUUGUUUGUUUUAUCGUUAAAGACUUGGAGGAUAAAGAUGUCCGGAAAACGUUCCCUGUGCUGCCAUGUCACCACAGCAACUCGCUCGUUUGCCAUCUUAUAUCUGAUAUGUAAUAUGUUGGAACUGGGGGACAUCAUUCGAAAGGCUUCUUGGGAGAAAACUCGCGGCAUCCCCUAUCAUGAUAUUAAAUCUACCCGCUGUGAGCGUAUCUUUGAUUUUAGCACAAACAUUGUGAUGCUGGUUCUGAUGUCGAUCUCUUGUGUGUUUGUUCUGUUCUCUCAACGCAAGGGCCCCAUGUUUGUGCUGCCUUUUGUGAUGCUGGUGUUUGUGGAUUUGGGAGUGAGUUUUCUGUCCCUGUUUAAUGGAGCCUGGGGACUGCCAGGGACCCCCAAAUACAAAGACGUCCUGCAAGCUGCAAAAUAUUACAAAGGAGUUGAUAGACUUGAUGAGGAGGAUAUGGGCCAUUUCAUCAUGGGAUACACUGUUCUCUUUAUUUUUAACAUAUUGCUGAAGGUGUAUGUCCUUCAAGUGUCAAUGAGAUGUUUCUAUGCCCUGAUGGGAGAAAGAGCUCCUGGCAUGCACGUUGACACUGGAAAUACUGUGACAGUGAAGCUACCUUCCUAUGAUGAAGCUCUCAAAAUGAAAACUGAAGGAGUACCCCCCAGCUAUCAAGAGCCAUGAAAUUUAAAAAAGCUAGACCGCUAUGAGCACAAAUUCACACGCAUGCCAAUAACCACAUGCUAAACGUGCAUUCCAAUACUUGUAACCAAAUAAUGACUAACAUGUUUCUUACUAUAGUGUGUCUUUUACUGGUAGGAGGCCCAAUCUUGGUGAAAGGAGUUUGGCAUCACAUAUACAUCACAAAAACUGCACUGUAAAACUUUGCUGUAGUUUUUGCAGCAGGUUUGCCAGUAAUUUACUGUAGAUUUAAUUACUAUGUAAUAUACUUUCCAAUUAGUACAAUUUUCAAUUACUUUAAUCACAAUUAAAACACUUUGACUUUUGAGAUUUAAAACGAGCAAGAAGAGACUGGCAUUAGCACAUCAACACCUGCAAAAAAUGACAUUCUUCCUAAGCAUUUUUCUCUUGUUUUCUGUAAAAAUAUUUAAAACUUCUUAAAUUACGAUACAUUUACAUAACAAGAAAAGUGACCCGAGAUAUAAAGUCUUGUUUUAUGAAAGAAAAAUAUAUAAACUAGGUAAGUUUAUGCUUUCACAGUAAAUACGCCCUUUUCACAUGACGUCACGCAUCUUCCGUUCUGCCGCGAAGCAGUGUAUCAUUACUUCCGCUAGCACUCCAGUUCAUAAGGUGGCGGUAAUGCACCUAUAAGCUGAUUUGCCAACCGCC